AUGGUGAGCCCGGGGCGGCCGCUCCCCGCGGGGACCCGGCAGGCGGCCUCGCUACUCCGCCUCGGCCUCCUCCUCCUGCCGCCGCUGCUGCGGGGCUCCGGAGCACAGAAAGGUGAUGGAUGUGGACACACCAUUCUGGGUCCUGAAAGUGGAACUCUUGCUUCAAUAAACUACCCACAGACCUCUCCCAAUAGCACAGUCUGUGAAUGGGAAAUUCGUGUAAAGCCUGGGCAGCGAAUUCAGCUCAAAUUUGGUGAUUUAGAUAUUGAUGACUCAGAUUCUUGUCAUUCCAGUUACUUGAGAGUUCACAAUGGGAUUGGCCCCACCAGGACAGAGAUAGGAAAGUACUGUGGAUUUGGCUUUCAAAUGGAUGGUUUAAUAACUUCAAGAAGCAAUGAAGUCACAGUGCAGUUCAUGAGUGGGGUACACACUUCAGGGCGUGGAUUUCUUGCAGCUUACUCAACCACUGACAAAUCAGACCUAAUUACCUGUUUGGACAAUGCAAGUCAUUUUUCUGAACCAGAAUUCAAUAAGUAUUGCCCAGCUGGAUGUGUGAUUCCUUUUGCUGAUAUUUCAGGCACUAUUCCCCAUGGAUACAGAGAUUCGUCAUCACUUUGCAUGGCUGGUGUUCAUGCAGGCGUCGUAUCAAAUACUCUGGGUGGCCAAAUUAACGUUGUAAUCAGCAAAGGCAUUCCAUACUAUGAGGGCUCCCUGGCUAACAAUGUCACCUCAAAAAUGGGACCAUUAUCUACAAGUCUCUUCACCUUUAAGACUAGCGGUUGCUAUGGGACACUGGGAAUGGAAUCUGGGGUAAUCUCUGAUUCCCAGAUUACAGCUUCAUCUAUUCUUGAGUGGCCUGACCAAACAGGACGAGUGAACACUUGGAAACCUGAAAAUGCCAGACUGAAAAGGCAUGGGCCUCCUUGGGCUGCUUUGGACAGUGAUGAACGUCAGUGGCUGCAGAUAGACUUGAAUAAAGAAAAGAGAAUUACAGGUAUUAUAACUACUGGAUCAACCUUAGCAGAGUACUACUAUUAUGUCUCAUCCUACAGAAUUUUAUAUAGUGAUGAUGCACAAAAGUGGACAGUAUACAGAGAACCUGGCAUUGAUAAAGAUAAGGUAUUUCAAGGGAACACUGAAUUGUACCAGGAAGUUCGCAAUAAUUUUAUCCCACCUAUUAUUGCACGAUUUGUUAGGAUUAACCCCUUAAAAUGGCACCAGAAAAUUGCAAUGAAAGUAGAACUGCUAGGAUGUCAGUUCAGUAUAGUCCGUGCUCCCAAAAUCUCCAUGCUGCCUCCCCCACCACCUCAGGACAACACCAACAAGGUUGAUGACAUCAGUGAGGACUUCGUCCACUCGGUGAAGACUUCGUUGCAGACAGAUAAAACGACUUUCACGCCUGAAAUAAAAAACACCACAGUGACUCCAAGCGUAACCAAAGAUGUGGCGUUGGCAGCAGUUCUGGUUCCAGUGCUGGUGAUGGUCUUCACUACUCUGAUUCUUAUCUUAGUUUGUGCGUGGCAUUGGAGAAACCGCAAGAAAAAAACUGAGGGCACCUAUGAUCUACCUUACUGGGAUCGUGCAGGGUGGUGGAAAGGAAUGAAGCAGUUUCUCCCUACCAAAUCAGCAGAACAUGAAGAAACUCCUGUACGCUACAGCAGCAGUGAAAUUGGCCGCCUCAGACCAAGAGAAGUUCCAACAGUGCUGCAAACAGAAUCUGCAGAGUAUGCUCAGCCUCUGGUCGGCGGCAUUGUCGGCUCGCUUCAUCAGAGAUCAACCUUCAAACCAGAGGAAGGAAAAGAAGCAAGUUAUGCUGAUUUGGACCCUUACAAUUCACCUAUACAAGAAGUUUAUCAUGCCUACGCUGAACCACUGCCUAUAACUGGACCAGAGUACGCAACUCCAAUAGUCAUGGACAUGUCCAGUCAUCCCAGCACACCUCUGGGCGUUCCUUCUAUUUCCACCUUCAAAGCAGCAGGGAAUCCAGCUCCUUCACUGGUGGGAACUUACAAUAAGCUCUUGUCCAGGACGGACAGCGUGUCCUCAGCACAGGCACUGUAUGACACACCAAAGGGACAGCUGGGCCCAGGCACUGCUGACGAGUUGGUGUACCAGGUACCGCAGAGCACGGCCCAUUCCAUCAGCAGUAAAGAUGAACCAAGUUAGCUCAUGUAUAAGGUACAUAAGGUAGGAUGAUGGCAAACACGGCUUGUUUUUAAAAGCCGGUUUCGUAAAGCUGACGGAUUCAUUUUUUAAUCACACUGUUUUGAUAACUGUUAAUCUUAAGUAAUACAGUGUUGAGCCAAAAGAUGUAUUAUUGGAAAUCUGGGAAACCAGUCAUUCUGCCUUUUCUUAAGCUGCAUUUAUAAUCGGGAGCUCUGUUGUUUUUUUUUUUCACUACUGUACAGUUAUCUGUCAGGCAUGACAGAAGAUCGCUUCAAGAUUAGCUUCAGAAAGUCAUAGAUGUGAAUGAAAUUUGGAGAAACAACUGUUGAAAGUAUGAAAGACGGUAAUUUUUUUGCUAAUGGUACUAUUUCUGGGGAAAAAUAAUAAUCCACAAUCAAAACUUCAGACUUCCAAAAAGCUGUAGGCACUGGCAUGAGUUGCCCAGAGAGUGGAUGGUGGAUGCCCCAUCUCUGGUGACAUUUAAGGUCAGGUUAGAGGGGCUCUGAGCAACCUGAUCGAGCUGUAGGUUCUCCUGUUCACUGCAGGGAGAUGGACCAGAUGAGUGAUGAGGGUCCCUUCCACUGAAACAAUUCUGCUGUUCUACGAUACAUAGGCACUACAGCAUCUAAAAUUCAUUUUACCCUAUAAAAUGUGUGUACAGCCUUGAACUUCCAUUAACUUUGUGACGUAAAAAUAGUCAUGAUUGUAAAUUCUGUUAAUUUUGGCUUUUGUUCACAGGACUGGGAAUCAUGCGCUAUGUGUUCCUUAGAAGUUUCUUAUCAUUUCUGUUAGCCUUCUCAAAUUAGAAUUUGCUUUCUGUACAACCCAUUUUCUUUUCUGCCUCAUGUCUUAAGCCACUCAGCCUUUGUGUCCUGGUAGGGAUACAGAAGGUACAGUCUGAAGUCUUACAAGCAAAUUACUUUGCAACUGCUUUCACUUAUUCCCUGCUGAGUAAAGGCUGCUCUGACUGGUGUUUGCCUUCAGUUAAACUUCUGCAAGAAGCAUGCAGGCAUUCAAAGUGACUGAGAUGUUCCCUCUCCCACAGCAGUAUCUAGUGUUGUAGAUUACGAGGUGAGCAUAUUCAAAGAAAGAUAUGUACAUACUUUUGUGAGUGCUUGAAGAAGCACACAAAUAUUCUAAGGGUGCAUAGUUUGUGUAAAUACAUGCAUUUAGCACGUAUGGUACUUUUAGCACAAUUGGAAAUCUUUGGUCCUAGAGCUUUUCUUAUGAUUGUUUUUAUUAAAGAUCUUGGACUCUUUAAUGCUUUUUACUGAGAACAAUUGCUGUCCCAAAGAGUGUCAUUUUAGAAGCAUUUAAUUGAAUUUAUAUCUUUUGAAUGUUCCAGUUUUCUCUGCAAUGAAACAUGGCAGUCAGUCUUCUACUGAAGAUUGGGUAGACUAGUUUUAUCUCAGUAAUCACAAAAUGAGAACCAUUUGGAUGUUGUAUUUGCCACUUCUUUUUUCUUUAACCUUGUUAGAAACAAAGCACAGCUUUUUUAUCUUAAGUAGUAGAAAAGCAUUCUUAAAAAGCUUUAUUUUUAUUGUAACAGCACUGGUGGGAGGAUGCUGAAUUAAUUUAUAAAUGUGAAAAUCCCUAGCUACACAUUAGCCCAGUUUUAUGGACUGUAAUGGUUACUGUUUGCUUCUGUAACAUAAUUUGUCAGCUUUGGUGUUGCCCGUGGGCCUGACACGAGGUGGCUCCCAUCCCCAUCGAAGCCAAAGUCAUGUACAAGAGAACAGCUACUGCACACUUGUACAGAGCAGUGCCCUGACUGAGCAUGUGAGUCUUUUUGCAGAGAGGCUUUAUAUAACUCUGUGAACCAGCACUUCUCGUGGUCUAUCCACUGCCUAGAACAUUGUCACCUACACUCUGCUGCCUUAAAACUCAAUUCUAUAUUGUUCUGAGUGUGAGAAUGGGAAUGUUUUUUAGAAUUGGGAGCCUAAGGUUAAACCUGAGUAGGCAACGAAGGGCAGUAUGCAAGGCCUAGUUGUGGAAAUACAUGCAUUUCCUGCACAUAAGUUGUAUUUUUGAUGUAACUGCAAUUCAUCUGUUUGAUAAAGCUAAGUCACAGCCAUCUGUGCUCUCCUUAAAUAGGCUCUUGCUCUCAAGUGCUCUUGCCUCACAGCAGUUAUAACUUUGACAUUACGGCAUUUUAUUUGAAAGGGCUGAAAGGUUGGUUGGUUGCACGGAGCGGUGACAUACGUAUUCCAAUUCACUUGAAGAAACUUUUGAACGUUUAGUCUUUGAAACAAAAAGAUCUGCGUGGAUCACACCGAUUUAAGUAAUCCAGUAAAAUUAAUAAACAGUGUUGGAAAUCCGCAUUUUAUUUUUAUUGUAGGCCAGGUAUAGUGCAACAACGGGUGCAACUGUAGGCUGAGGCAGUGCAGAGAGUGGGUUUUGUUCAAGCAGCCAUGAUGCAGUUUCAUUAUCUGAGCAGCAUGAGUUAAGAAUGGAGUUAGAUCCUGUUUAUGAAAGAAAACGGCCUCAUGCUUUGCUCACCGCUUUCAACAUUUACAUUGUAAGUUGGAAUUUCUCAUAGUUGGGUUUAAAGUGUAUGCUGCAAACUGUUAAACAUCAACUCCCAAAUGUAAACUGUGUGACAGACCUAAGAGUGAUGUUCUCCCAUGUACAACGCAAGCAGAGGUACAAUUAAUGGGUCUCAUUUUUACAUGUGAAGCUCUAUGGAUAUAAAAAGUAUUUCAGCCUUCUUUGGCUUGAUUAUGUUCUUACCUCAGCAUGUAGCGUAGUUGCUCAGUAUCUGUAUAUGUUGCUAGAAAUUAGACUGUAUAAAUAGUGAGGUUUUUUUAAUGUAUGUUAAAAAGUAUUUUAAAUAAAUUGUACAUACCUAUUAUGCUCA